UUUCAUUCUCACUCUCAUUUCUUCAAUCGGUUAAGAGCAAUAUAUGAACUCAGGUGGGAGAUAGAGCCUCUGGAUUUGUCUUUCGUAUCUGGGAUUUUUUCAUUUAGCAGACUCUGAUCUUAUGGCACUUGACAGGUUAAAUUCUCCAACCACAUUUGAAAUGCCACUGGAGGUUUUGGGCCAUGAAUUGCAGUUUACUCAGGAUCCCAAUUCAAAGCACUUAGGAACAAAAGUGUGGGAUUCAUCACUUGUUUUUGCCAAAUUUCUUGAACGGAAUUGCAGAAAGGGAAGGUUUUCUCCAGCUAAACUUAAAGGAAAACGUGUAAUUGAACUUGGAGCUGGCUAUGGUGUUUCUGGUUUUGGUAAUGUUACAAAUGAUUUUUAA